AUGAUUAUAUUUGAUGGUGAUAAAUAUUCAUGUGUAGCUUGCAUACGAGGUCAUAGGUCGUCUACUUGCAAGCACAGUGAGAGAAUGUUGGUGAAGGUGAGAACUCGGGGUCGGCCAUCUCCGAUGGAUAUUCGUAAGGUGAUUUUGGUCGAUGCAAACUCGAAGAUAAAAACGCCGGAAGAAUCAGGAUCCGAGCGAGAGGAACGGAUGUCCGAAAGCGGGUCUAAGGGGGGUGAGUGUGGUAGUGGAUCAUCAGGGAGGGCAACAUGCUCCAAGAUGGACAAGCAGCCUACGUUGUUUCUCAAGGCACUGAAAAAGCAGAAGGCGCUGCUGAUUGAUGGGACGUUGAAAAUUAUGAUUGAGGACAAGAGCAAUGGUAAUCCUAAUGAUAAGAAGUUUAAGUUUGUUACUGAGAGGGAUUUUUUGUUGAAACAUAGUAGUAGCAGUGAUAAUUUAUAUCACGAUGGUAACGUGGGAGACGAGGAGGAGGAAGAGGAGGAUUGUUGUGGGUGCGGGCAAAAGGCUGUACGAAAGAAGAGGAAACAAGCUGAUGGCGGGUUAAUAUCGCAUGAAAAUCAAGGUUCCAUGGAUGGAAAUCCGUCUGCACUCGGUGGUGAAGACUUCCGAAGUAUUGUGGAGCCAUUCACCUACAAGGGAGUAUACCUUAGUACGCAGUGUUCGUGUGAUGAUGAUCAGUGUCCGUGCGACAAUUGUUUGAUACACAGGAAGGAAGAAGAGUUAAAUAGAUUCAUACAGCAGUCGGGUGUUCCGUUGACUUCUUUAACAUCAGAUUCUGUUAAUACCACUCUUGAAUCGAAAUUGAGGGUAUCUGCGGUAUCACAUUCCGAGCAGGAGCGCCAUAAUCAGUUCCUUCAACUCCCAUCCGAUAAAGGACCAGAACCAGGAGGUGGUAUCGUUAGCUGUGGUACAGAAAACGGGAACCAUACAGAGAAACCGGAUGUAUGUGUGCGUAUUCCUAUGAAUUGCGUGUGUCCUGAUCACGUGGUACAUCCAGAGGAGAUGAUAUCCAUGAAUAGUCUACUCUUGCAUGGUCUAUUUAAUACUAAACUUAAACGUAAAACGGUAAUAAAACAUCGUGGGAAGCUGAUAAGUUCUAAAUAUUGGUGGGAUUUCUUACACAUACAGCUUUCAAUGAUGUCGGAAUCACAACUAGAGUGUUUGGAUCUUUUGCAGUGGUUUGACAAUAUUCUAAUAACAUAUGGCCCCUCACUUCCUGAUGCAGGUACUGUAUUGCCAGAAUUAGACUACAUGCUAGUAACAUAA